CGUGAAUUCCAACAAUAAUCUCAUCAACUUUUGACUCACUUGCAUUUUAGACCAACAAGAGAAGCGCCGCGCGGCGAAAGAACGUCAAGGUGAGGUUCUUUCUCGUUCUUUGUCCCUCCCUCCUCCCCCUUUCCUGGUGGUGCCGGCCCUUCUACUAUAUUCUGUGUCUUGGUCCACCCAAAAAAUAAUGAGAAGGACUGGAUAAGAUAAUUCCCCCAUUCUCUCCGCAAAGAAACCAUUACACUGGGAUGCAAAAAUACGGUGAUGACACAAACGAUUUCGGGCUGGGUGGACGAUCCCGAAUGCCGUUGAUCCAUCUUGCUCAGCAGCAACAGCAAAUGAUGGAACAGCAGCAAAGGCAGCAACAAUGGGAAGUGCAACGACAACAGAUGCUGCAGGAGGAGCCGGAGCAGAUCACGGUGGAGGAACUACACGAAGAAGACAAUGGGAAUGUGGAUGACGAGAGUACUCGUCGUUUGAGUACCAUCAGUGAACGUACCGAGCGUACUGAGCUCUCACCUUACUGGCCUCGUCGUGAUUAUCUUCCCCCACCUCGUACGGUCAGCACCUUUACAGACUCGUCCUACGGGAAUCUGAUCGAUGGUGGAUAUCUGAUGAACCCCGCACGUCUUCCCUUGGAUCCGAACCUUAUCCCAGUUUCCCCGUCAGGCUCUGCUGUGCACCGUCUGUCAACGUACGAACCGGCUCCUUCGAUAGCAUCUUCUGGAUCGUACACACAAUCAUCUCCACCUCACCCUCCAAGCGAGGCCGUUCCACCUCUUGAUACAAUACCUGAUAUUCCUGACUCACAUUCUUCGGUGGUUCCGCCACCCCUGCCUCCAAAACCCACGAAUCAAUCAUCUAUAACGAAACAAGCGUCUUCCGUACAGCAGCCAUCUUCACCCGCACUAUCUUCUCAGCCACGGGCAAAACAAUCGAAACUGGCUCAAUUGGCUAGCAGUCGAGCGAGCACUCGUACCAAAAGCUCCGCUUCAUUGGGUACCGAGGUUGCUGGUUCUAUCAAGACCUACCCAGCGCUUCGUCCUGAAUCGCACCGACCGCCGUCAUCCAUAUCGACAUCGACAUCCAAUUCCACGGCAUUGCCGGUACCUCCUCCCGACCUGCGUUCAAUUCCCAGAGUGCCCUCCUCAUCAGGUUCGAUAACUACACCCGUCUCUUCACCUUUUCAGCGUAGUGACCGUCCAAGGGAUACUAUUACUUCAUCCUUGCCGUCAUCCACAUCAUUGAAAGUACGUCAAGCUGUUGAUGCAGCGCUAGAACUCGAGGCCCUAGACCGCGAGCUUGCUGCAUCACGCAAGACCAGAAGAACGCCUUUGGAAAAGAAAUUACCAACGGAUCAAUCUGAGCUCAACACUCCAACCCGUCCGCCUGCUUUUACUCCACCGAAGGUGGCGGCGGGGGUGCCUCGAAAUUCCACUACCUCACUAUCCACCCGUCCGACAUCGAAACUGGUAUUGUUAGCGCAGGCGAAAGCUCAAAAGGCUGAGGCCCAACAUACGAUAUCAAAAGCGCCACUCGCUAGGCCUCCUCCCCCUAAUCAUCUUCCACCUGAACACACUGAGUACCUCACUCCGAUUGCGAACGGCUCAUCUGUAACAACUGCGAUAACCACUUCGUACCAGACUUUGUACAGUCUCACUGAUCCGACUCGACCCCAGGCCAUGGAGGCUCCGUUCGUGGUGCCCCUCGCCGCCCCAAGCUAUAUUAAAGGUGCGGCGACUAGUACAAACUCGAAUGCCAGUACCAGGACCAGUAUGACGAAAGCACCGCCUUCCAAACUUGCUUUGAAAGCUAAGAAGGCACAGGAGAAGAGUUCGCCACCUUCGCACACGACGGUUGCUGAACCGGAAGAUAAUGUUAUCAUUGUUCCUUCAAUAUUCUUACCCAAAUCCAACCGGUCGAGUGCGUCACCCUCUGCGUUCGCCUCCGUUCUCGUAGUUGAUGAUCUGAUACAUUCUCCUCAAGUGAGCGCCGGAAUGAGUCGUCGGGAAACGAAAGGGAAGCAGAGUAUCACCUCAGAGAGAACAGAGGAAGCCUCGACGCCAGAUAUGCUGCGCGCGCAUCAUACACAAAGACGUAUAGCUCCUACUCUGGGCACGCCGACAACCGUAAGCUCCUUUGCAUUCGAUGGACCUAGUCCGGAUGACAUCGUUUUCAAUGCUCGACGCGGGACACAUUCGGCUCAACGCAAGGAUCGAAAAGAUGCUAUAUCCAUUGGUUCCAUCACAAACAAGAAAACUUCUACUUCUAAAGCCUAAUUGAUCAUCCGUUUUGGUGGCUGACUAUUGUAUUGAUUUUUCACUUGUUGUAUUAUGUAGCCGCAAAGGAACGAGAAAAGGCCCAAAAAC